AAUUGCUUAACUGUAUACACUUUCACAGAAGAAACCAAUUAAGCUAGAAUUAGAAGAGAGAGAUGGCUAAGAAAUCACAAACUGGUGCAGAAACAAUGGAUCCUAAGCUUUUAAGUUAUGAGGAUUUUCAUCCCUUUGCCGAGAUGAGCGAAGACAAAGAUAAUAUUAUCUUGACUCUUCAUCUUCCUGAUUUCCAGAAGGAGCAAUUAAAUAUCACGUGCGUACGCGCAUCUCACAUAAUUCGAAUCAAGGGAGAGCAACAAAUUGCAAGCAACAAAUGGCGCCGGUUCAAUCAAUCUUAUACAGUUCCACAGAAUUGUAACCUAAGUAAGACCCUAGCGAAAUGGCAAAAUUCAGUUCUAACAAUCAUAACACCGAAGGAGAAUGUCACGCCGCUAGUUGUUGCAGCAGCUAAAGAUCAAGAAAAGACUCCGAAAGAAGCUCCAAAGAUGGAUGUUGAAAAGCAAGUUGAUGAUCACCAGAAUACUGAAAAACCUAUAAAUAAAGAGGCCAUGGCUCGAAAGGGUCCAGAUGAAACUUCACCACAAUUACCACAAGUUGCUUCAACUAGCAAUGAUGCCAUGAACAAGCAAGCUGCAGAGACGAAACGUGAGGCGGAAAAGGCUGAUCGAAGUGUCGAAGAAUUUACCAAAAAGGAAACAAUUAGCAAAGAAACAUGUUCAGAGAAAGAGAAGGAGAAGAAUAUUGUUGAUAAACCUGAGAAAGAGGCCAAAGCUCAAAAGGGUCAAGAUAAAACUUCACCACAAAAUUAUGCCAUGGACAAGGAAAUUACAAGUAAGAAGGAUGAUCAAAGUACUGUCUCAAAGGGUUCUGGUUCGGAGAAAGAGAAGGAAAAGAAUGAUAUUGUUGAUAAAGAAAAAUUAUGCGGUGAUGCAAAUUUGGGGGAAAUGAAGAGAAUUAAAGAUGCUGCGAUGAAGGCUGUGAAGGGAAUGGCAAUGGAGAAUAAAGAAGAGAGGCAAAUAAAUAUGGUUAAUGUUGGUGUGGCAGCUAUUGUGCUUGUGGGAAUAGCAGCUUAUGUUUCGUUCAGAAUUAGAUCAAAAGCUAGAAAUAAUUAAUUAGAUUGUUCUUGAAAUAUGAAAUACAUCAUGAUUAAUUAAUUCGUGAUAAAUAUGUGAUUAAGAGAGUUGUAUUUGUGUUCUAGUUGUGAAUAAAAUGGAUACCAAUGAUCCCGUUUA